AUGUCCGCUAUAUUCGCCAAUGCCACAGUGGUUGACUUGGUUAAAGAUAAAACCUUCAUGGGUACGUUGCACAACAUUCAGCGGUUGCCACAAUUGAAUGUUGCAGAACAGUAUUGGGCCGCAUGGUAUGUUUACCUUUCGAAUGAUAUCUUGGCAACAGGUCUACUUUUCUUCCUAUUGCACGAAGUGAUGUACUUCGGUAGAAGUCUUCCAUGGUUUAUCAUUGAUCAGAUCCCCUUCUUCCGCAGAUACAAGAUUCAGCCAACAAAAAUUCCAAGCGCCAAAGAACAAUGGUUUUGUCUGAAGAGUGUUUUGCUCUCUCAUUUUCUAGUGGAAGCUAUCCCAAUUUGGACUUUCCAUCCUCUGUGCGUAAAAUUGGGUAUUUCAGUACAGGUUCCAUUCCCUCACUGGAAAAAAAUGGCACUUCAAAUCGGUCUAUUCUUCUUGGGUGAAGACAUGUGGCAUUACUGGAUGCACAGAUUAUUUCACUACGGUGUCUUUUACAAAUACAUUCACAAGCAGCACCAUCGUUAUGCAGCACCUUUCGGUUUGACUGCUGAGUACGCUCACCCUGCCGAGGCACUUACUCUCGGUUUUGGUACCGUUGGUAUGCCAAUCUUUUAUGUUCUUUACACCGGUGAACUACACCUUUUCACCCUCUGUCUUUGGAUUACACUAAGAUUAUUUCAAGCAGUGGAUUCUCAUUCUGGUUACGAUUUCCCAUGGUCAUUAAGCAAGUUCUUGCCAUUUUGGGCCGGUGCAGAACACCACGAUUUGCACCACCACUACUUCAUUGGUAACUAUGCAUCUUCAUUCCGCUGGUGGGAUUAUACUAUGGAUACUGAAGCUGGUCCUGAGGCAAAGGCGGCUAGAGAAGAAAGAAUGAGACUGCAGGCAGAAAGUAAAGCUAAGAAGCGUGUGUGA